GCAUGACCGCCACUUCCUGGCCACUGGAACAAGUGGAGGAAUUGCCAUAUUUGGCCUGAUUUUGAUCUCCGCUCGAGUGGCCCAUUUGUUCCCACAGCGCCACGCGCAAGGUCAAUCUUCACGUCUGCGCUGGACGCGAGUCGGCCGUCUCUUUCUCUCUUCCCCCUCUCGACAUGGAUCGCGAAUCCGCCGACAUCCUCGGUGGACGACUCAACGUUGCUCACCAUGACUCAUCAACUACCUUUGGCUCUAUAUUACAAGUCCUUCUUGGCCUCGGGCUCACUCUAGGUGUCGUUCUGGUAUGGUCAUACUUCCUACCAAUUUGGCGACAGUACAGAGAGCGACGAUAUCGGAAGUGAGUCUAUCUCUGUUAAUGUUCUUUGAUGCAGGGCUCAUCGCAUAUACUAGGGCUACGCGCAGAAGACACGGAAUCCCGGACAGUGAUCAUCGACCGUUCAACGUCGCAUAUGCUGCGGCUCUGCGUGCACGGCAGGAGCGUGAGGCGGAAGGGACUGGACGGGGUAGGCGUGCCGGCGUGCAGCCUCUGAGUCAGAAGCAAGCUUCGUCGACCGAUGGACAAGGCAUCAGGCAGCGUCUAAACCACAGUGAUACUUAUCCUUCAGUGCUCUCCACAACAUCGACUAUUCCCAUGAUUGGUGCUCUUCCGCCAGAUCGACCUUCUGACCGCGCCCGUCGCAGUGGUGACGAUUACCCUCUACCAAGGGACCACACUCGUUCACCUUACACUGACGACAAUUUGCCUAAUCCCUCUCACUCUCAUGGCCAGCACGUCUCAGAGCAUGUGCAUGGGAAGCGUGGUCUCAACGAAGACGAAUAUUCUGGGGAUGAGAAGGAAGUGAAGAAAUCCCGGUUAGACUCUGACAUUGGUGAUGACGAAGACAUCGACGAUACGGAAUAUGCCCCAUACUAUGAAAUGGAAGUUGAUCGAGAGUUGCCUGGCCCUUCACGCGGUUCAAAGCGAGCGGCUGCUCGUGAGGACGAUGAGGGGUUUGAGACUGAACGAAUUCACCGUAGAGGCAAACGUGCUCGACGGGUAUCUGGAAACAAGUCCAACGAAUCAACGGAUCAAGAUAUGGAGGAAACUGACGAUAUCGUGGACCUGACGUCAAUCCCUCGAGGCAAGAAGCGCGAUCGGGUGGAAGCCGGUUCGUCGUUUGGUGGUGAUGAUUCUGGCAUUGAGGAUGACCUCGAUGAGAAACCGCGCCAUCACAGACGUCGCCGUGUUCAUUCCGGUAGGAAGAGCGAUACAACGCAGCGCGGUCAGAAACGCAGUCGAGAUAUGGAUGAGAGUGAUGAAGAGGAUACCGACGGUUCUGGGAGACGAGCGACCCGUCAAAGGCGCGAACAGCAAUCUUCUGAAGGCGGUUCAACGGAUGAUCGCAUGGUUUCACAUGAUCCUCUGUGCAAGGGUAGGCGAGUUGGAGAAGAAUGGGAAGUUAAUGGCGUAAAGUACAGAGUUGGACUUAAUGGCCAACGUCUACGACAAGCUUUGGUUAAGCAGACUCGCUCUCGUUUCCCGAUGCCCAAGGAUUCGGAACAUCCUGAUCGUGAUGCCAAUAUCGAUGUCUUUGUAGAAGAAUACCUUACGGAUGAAGAAUAUCAAAAGGCCAAGGAUCGGUUUGAAUUGGCAUUCCAGGAGACCCCUCGACAAACUGCUGAACCCGAGACGCCUAGUGAUAGCUUGGAAACACCCUCAAAACCAGGCAAGAACCUACUCUGGGAGUCUACGGCCAAUAAGGACAGUCCUUUCCCUGUUCGUUUCACUGCCGUGCAAUCAAUGGCGAGUCCCGCCCUUCGUGUCGAUCCAUUUGCACGACCCCAAGUCAAUAAACGUCGCAUCUCGUCACAUAAUAAUUCUCCGGCUGUACCUUCGACGCCUGACAGUCCGACUGUUCAUGCUCCUAAGACUUACUCUAAAUGGGAGAAGCAGGACUUGGAGGCUGCUGCAAUGGCUAAAAUUCGUCAGAAGACUCAGAAGCAGGUGUUGCCUGAACCUCAGAAACCAUCGGUCUCUCUACCACCAGCACCUUCCGCACUAUUUGGGAAGCCAUCUGAAAAGCCGGCCGACAAACCUGCAGAAGCCAAGUCCACAUUUUCAUUCGGUGCCCCCUUUUCGACUACUGCUGUGAAGCCGACGGAUGGUGCUGGCCCCAGCGAACCUGCCAAAUCGUCUUCAGUUCCUUUCCCGUUGGUUCCGAGCGCUGCUUCGACAGAGAAGAAAGCUCCAGUUGCCACCCUCGUACCGGCUACCUUCUCCUUUGGCGCCAAGCCUACCGCUCCCUCGACUGGACCUGCUGCACCACCACCAUCUACAUUCUCAUUCGGUGCUAAGCCCGCGGCCCCCAGUGUACCAGACUUCUUCGGUUCCAAAGCUUCCACGCCUGCUGCUGCUCCAGCAGCUCCAGCUUCUAGCAGUGGGCAAGGUCUGAGUAUACCGGGUGCCGCGGCCUCGAAAGCCCCAGCACCCUCACAGCCCGAACCCGCCAAACCCACAUUCUCAUUUGGUGCUCCGGCUUCGCAACCAAAGACUACUGCAGAGCAGAAGGAAGCUCCUAAGUCUGCUUUCUCCUUCGGCGCACCAUCGUCACAGUUGACUACUCCUCCGGCACGAGCAGAAGCACCCAAGUCUGCAUUCAGCUUUGGAGCAACCGGAGGCACAAGUGCGACAGCGACAUCUGCCUUCGGAGCGCCUUCACAGCAGAAACCGGCAGAGCAGCAGGCGGGAUCGUCUGGUGGAUCUCUUCUCUCGAGACUGGGUGGCUUUGGUAGCGAUACCAAGACUGCUAGCAUGACGGCGCCUGCUACCAACGCACCGAUCUCCGCGUUUUCAUUCGGGGGCCCUAGUACAACAUCGACAACCGCAAGUUCGGGUACAUCUUCCACUCCUACAUCCCAGCCUUCGGCAGCGGCCACAACCACCGGUACUUCAGCACCCAAGUUCAAUUUCGGGUUUUCCAAGCCCUCGACGCCUUCUGCACAACCCGCUGCACCUACCCCCUCUACUACCCAGAUUCCAUUCGAGCCAGCGGAACCGGCGCCCUCGGCUUUCGGCUUUGGUGCCAAACCUGCGGGACCUUCGACGGGGCCUAUCUUUGGCGCACCUGCACAACCGUCUUCGACUUCUACCACUUCCGGUACAUCUGUAUUUGGGAACGCUGCUGCGAGCAAUGCUGAUAAGAAGGAUGAAGGGAAAGAUACAUCGACUGCACCAAAAUUUUCAUUUGGCGUCACUGGUGCUGCACCCAGCACUUCGGCAGCCGCACCUUCAGGUGGAUCUGUAUUUGGGAGUUCAAGUAUGCCUAAUGCUAGCAGCGGAGCUGGGAAGUUUGGAUUUGGAGCUCCGUCGACGUCUACUACCACGACGAGCGGAUCAGGAUCCAUUUUUGGACAGACCUCUACACCGUCGGGUUCUACACCCGCGGCGUCGGCGUUUGGGUCGGCGUUUGGCAACCCUGCAAGCACGGCUCCGUCGAGUAAUGUGUUUGGCAAUCCAGCACCGGCCUCCAACGAUACUACGUCCGCGCCCAAGUCUGCCUUCUCCUUUGGUAACCCUUCAUCGUCGAUGGCCCCGCCUUCAACCCCUAUAAAGAAAAAUGACGAACAGAAGAAGCCAUCUUUCUCAUUUAACUUUGGCGCUGCCGCUUCGUCAAAUACUUCAUCGCCUUUCGGUGCUCCUGCCUCGACGUCUGCAUUCGGUGCUCCGUCUGCAUUCGGUACGCCGUCAGCUUUUGGUGCCCCGUCGGCCUUUGGUGCACCGUCGGCCUUUGGUGCAGCUUCGAAUGCUAACAAUUCUUCUAAACCCGCUGCACCAACACCAAACGCAUUUGGAUUUGGUGCGCCAAGCACGACUAAUUCGACUACGAAUGGAUUUGCAUCAUUCGGUUCUUCGACUACGGAGUCUAAUCAAAAGUAAUCAUUCGAUUCGUGCUUCAUUACUGCACAUGGACAUGAGUGUUCUAUGUAUUCCCGUCUUCGUCUUCUUUCACUGGUGUCUGUUUGUACUGUGAUUUGUAUUGUAGAUUCACUAGCAUUUUUGUCUCUCGCAAUUUACCCAAUAUAAUCUCAGCAAGUUUCUCUCCCACUGCUUUCUAUAUGAUUUGAGUGUGCAUUAAGCUUUCACUUAAACUUGUUCUCCUCGAUCUGAUCCGCAGAACCUUCCGAAAAGGGCAGCCAUAGAAUGAAGUUCGCCAUGGGGC